AUAAAUUUACUUUAUGUGCUUUUUCUGCGCCAUGUGUAUUUCCAGAACUUAGGGACAUAGCGCAUUGAAUUAAUGCGUUAUACCUAUUUUUGUCUCUCCUUUUUUUUUUUUCUCCAUAGCGAGUUUGGUUGCUCGAGUCUAAUUACAUAAUAGACUCGUGAAAAUUGUUCUUCUCUUUGGUCAAUGAGUCCCUAAAAGGCUACGGGGAUGUAGAGAGAAUUGUUAUCGAGAUUAAUGUCCUCCUUUUGGUCAAACAAACCUUUCUCACUUGAGACGGAGUUUUUCCUAUAAUUUUACCAGAUCUAUGGCGCAAAUAUAGGGUGCCUUUUUGUCUUGUCUUUGCGUGCGCAGCUAAAAGUAAAGUAAAAGAGCCAAAAAAGGGGGAAAAGAAGAGCUAGCUUAGAUUGAUCAACUCCGGUAUGGGUGCACCGACGCAUAGCCAUUGUCAACGACAGCUUACAAAUUAAAGAAGAAGAAGAAACAUCAUUUCUCCAAGAUUUCCUCCCCUUUGCUUUGUUUAACUUCACCAAUUUUCCUGUCUCUGGACCAAACAAAUUAUGGAAAUGGAGUGUAAAAGAAGUGGACAAAUUCCAGUAUUUGGAGAUUGGGAUAAUGCAAAUGAGAUGCCAAUUACACAGUAUUUCGAGUGUGCAAGACAAGCAGGGUUGAUCCGCCAUAGCUGCCAUUCAUCACUUGAAGAAAAUAAUACUGACCUUUAUGCUCUUCAUUUCCACAAACCUCACUUUUAUGCUAUCCCUAAUGCUCCUCAAAGAAAGACAAAGGCAGCAAUAAAUAAGAAGAGGUGUCCAGAGCAGAAAUGGACAGGUAAAAUAGAGAAAUUAAAGAACGAAAGUGGGCCUACAAUGAAGUCCGCAACAGUGGCCCAACGGCCCACAAAUCCCAAACCUGUGGAUGAAGAUCUCUACAAAAUUCCUCCUCAUCUUCUUCCCGGCUAUAAGCGAAAGAGAAUGUUUGGAUUCUUCUCAAGAUGCCUUGCUCCUCCUUGUAAGGCAUAAGUAUCAUCCCCAAAGGCUAUUGGACAUGGAGAUAUAUUCAUACAAAUGGCAAAUAUCAUUUCAACUUCAGUAUCGUGGCGAAGCUAUUUUACUAUAGGGCCUCCAUCUUGAGAAAAAAGAAACAUUUAAUUACUAGCUGCAAUCACAUUUUAGAAAGCAUCAGCUAAUGAAAUCUUCUUUUUGUAGAACUAAUAGGUAGUAUAUGAAUGAUUUUUAUAUCAAAUGUCGUUGGAUUGUUUGUUUAUGUCACUAAAGUGAUAUUGACUACACUAAUUUCAAGUUAGUUUUCAUGUUUUUAUUGAUAAGGAA